AUGGCUCAUUCUCAUAGAUCUGCCGCCAAAAGGGGCCAUAAGGGUUUCAAAUCCAAGCAUGCUUCCAAAGGUGAAAUCAAAAGAAGAUAUAAAGGUAAAGUUGAAAAAGAUGUUAAAAAAGGUAAAACUAUUAAAGGUGUCUCUAGAUUAGAUAGGAAAAAUAAUAUUAGACAGGUCCGUUUAAAGAAAAUUGCAGAUUCUUUAGAGAUAAGGAAAUUGUUCGAUGGGGCUAAUGGUGCUGAAAAAAUUAUUACUGUCAUACCAUUGGCUUCUGAUGUUCUACCUACUGAUAUUUUAGCCCAAUUGUUGCAAUCAUUUGCAGACGAUAUUACGCCAGAACAACAAGAAAGCUUAGCAACUUCUCCUUCCAUUACCAACGUACAUAUUAAAAAUUUCAAAUCCAAUUUAAAAUUUAUUAUUCCUGAUAUGAGUAAUUUCUUGAAUAUUUUAGACUGUGCCAAAGUUGCUGAUUUUGUUGUAUUUGGUUUAAGUGGUGUCUCUGAAAUUGAUCAAGAAUUCGGUGAGCAAAUUAUUAGAGCUUUGGAAUUGCAAGGUAUCUCUUCUUAUAUCGGUGUAGUUACUAAUUUAUCAAAAGUUCAUCCAAAGGAAAAGUUUCAAUUGGAUGUUAAACAAUCUUUGGAAUCUUUCUUCAAGCAUUUCUUUCCUAACCAAGAUCGUAUUUAUAAUUUAGAAAAACCAUCCGAAGCUUCAAAUGCUUUAAGACUAUUAUGUCAAAGAUAUCCACGUUCUGUAGGUUGGAGAGAUAAUAGAGGUUAUUUGAUUGCUGACAAUAUCGAAUUCCAAGAUACCGACAACUCAAAUGGUUCAGAAAUGGUAAACUUAACUGUAGAAGGUACUGUUCGUGGUACUGGUUUCGAUGUUGGCAGAUUGGUGCAUAUCCCAGGAUUAGGUGAUUUCCAAUUAAAUGGUAUUGAAAAAUUAAGUAGCUCAAUGAGGAAGAAAAAGGUUAACCCAAAGACUGAUGAUGUAUUGAAUGACUUAGAUAAUGAUUUGAACAAUAGGUUCUCCCCAGACGGAAAUAGAGAUACUCUAGAGGAAUAUGCUCCACAGGAUCUAGAACUAGAACAAUGGUCAGAUGAGGAAGAUUUCGAAUAUGAUAACUUAACUGCUGCAAGAUAUGAUGACCACGGGUUCUUACCAGGUAGAGAACAACAAGCAAGAAAGAUCAAAGUUCCAAAGGGGACUUCUGACUAUCAAGCCAAAUGGUAUUUAGAUGAUGUCGUCGAAGUUAGUGAUACUGAAGAAGUCGAAGAUAAUAUUGAUGAACAGGAUUUAAUGGAUGAAGAAAUAGAAAUGGAUGAAGAAGACAAUAUGGAUGAAAAUGUUGACGAGAUACCUGAUGAUGAAGAUACUCAAACCGAAGCCGCUGAGGAAAUGUUUGAAGAUUUAUCUCCAGAAGAAGAAGAACGUCAAUGGCAAGAAUAUAGAUCAUUGGAAUCAGAAGAUAGAGAAUUCCCUGAUGAAGUUGAAUUAAUGCCAACUGAAUCUGGUGUUGAUCGUUUAAAAAGAUACAGAGGUUUAAAGAACUUACACAAUUGUAUUUGGAACUACGAUGAAAAGGAUCCACUUUGCCCACCAGAAUACAAACGUUUAUUAAGGAUUGGUGAUUACAAGAAUGUCAGAAACAGAAUCUUAAAGGAAAAUAAAAAGAAUGUACAAGUCAUUUCUGGUGAUCGCGUUAAAUUAUACAUUAAUUUCCCAAAACAUUUACUUGAAAAAGUAACUGAUCCAAAACAAAUUUUAUUCCCAGUUUAUGGAUUAUUACUGCAUGAACAUAAGAACGCUAUGGUCAACUUUUCUAUUCAAAGAUGGGAAGAAUAUGAAGAACCUGUUCCAUCAAAGGAACCAAUUGUCGUUCAAUAUGGUGUUAGGAGAUAUGUCAUCCAACCAUUAUACUCCUCUGCAUCAAACACUCCAAACAACGUUCACAAGUACGAAAGAUUCUUACAUCAAAAUACCGUUUCCAUUGCUACCUGUAUGGCACCAGUGGAUUUCACUCAAUCUCCAGCAAUUUUCUUCAAGCCAAAUGCUAACGAUCCAAAGGGUAUAGAAUUAAUUGGUUCUGGUACAUUCUUGAAUGCUGACCAUACAAGAGUGCUGGCCAAGAGAGCAGUCUUGACUGGCCAUCCAUUCAGAUUUCAUAAAAAGGUUGUCACCGUACGUUACAUGUUCUUUAACCCAGAAGAUGUCGAAUGGUUCAAAUCUAUUCCAUUGUUCACUAAGACUGGUAGAUCAGGUUUCAUCAAGGAAAGUUUGGGUACCCAUGGUUACUUCAAAGCUACAUUCGAUGGUAAACUAUCUGCACAAGAUGUUGUCGCUAUGUCGUUGUUCAAACGUAUGUGGCCAAUGACAUCCUUGCCAUGGAACGGUGAACAACAAUAA